CUGUAUCUGUAGGCCUAUAAGGCCCAAACGAAAAAGCUACAGGGCGCAAGCAACCUUUUCUUCAUCUGGCGAAGCUCCACAAUUGUGAGUUUAGACGGUGGACAGUGAUCAUCUGGCGAAGCUCCACAAUUGUGAGUUUAGACGGUGGACAGUGACACUCGCAGAUCAAUGCCAUACCAACCAAAAUGCUGAGAAGAAAGCCAAGCAAAAUCCAACUCAGAAUCGAAGACAAAGAAGAACUCGAAGAAGCUCGCAAACGCACCUCCGCCAAUACAUCUACUGCCACAUCCACAUCCACCACCGCCUCCACUUCUCUCCUUCACCUCCUCGACCGCAACCAAACCAACCCCUCCACCAAAUCCCACCGUAUCGGUCUUUCCCCUUGAAUCUUUCACCACUCAUUAUGGAAGUAGAGGUGAAAUUGGGUCUCCCUGAUUUACCCAAUUACACCCGCCUAAAUUCCCUCCUUUCCUCAUUUCACCUCAAAACCAUUCCUCAGCAAAACCUUUUCUUUGAUUCUGACGCUGCCACUCUUUCCUCUCAACGUGCUGUCCUUCGCUUGCGUUUCUUCGACAAUGACUCGCGUUGUGUUCUUUCCCUCAAGGCCAAGCCUGUUCUAAUCAAUGGUGUCAGCCGUGUCGAGGAAGAUGAAGAGGAAAUCGAUCCAUUAAUUGGUCGUGAAUGCGUCGCCGAUCCAUCCAAGUUAAGUUCCGUCGAAUCCAGGAUUUUGAAGAGGUGCAAAGAUGAGUUUGGGAUUGUGGAAGGAAUGGGUUUUGUUUGUUUGGGUGGGUUUGAGAACUUGAGACAAGUUUAUGAGUGGAGAGGGUUGAAGCUGGAGGUGGAUGAGACUAAAUAUAGCUUUGGGGUUUCUUAUGAGGUGGAAUGUGAAACAUCUGAUCCUGAAGAGGUUAAGAGACAACUCGAAGAGUUUCUGAAGGAUAAUGGGAUCGAUUAUAAAUACUCAGAGAUGUCAAAGUUUGCAGUUUUUCGAUCUGGGAAGCUGCCUUAGUCAGUGAACUCAAUGAUUGGGCUUAUAGGUUGACCUGAAGCAUAACUGUCGUGAAGGGCCAUGGCAAAGAAGUGAAGAUCACAGGAUUUGGCAGAAAACUAAAUUUUCUUUGCGCCAUUGCAUCUAAUUCCCUAGACACAAUUAAGUUUGCCAUGGACAUGUAAUUGACAAUGCAUAUUAUUUUCUUUUGUAACAUGAUUAUCUUGUGAACCCCAAGAGUAAAUCAUACAUGUUCAUUGCCUGAGGAUUGUGCAUCUAUCGCAUGCAUCUGGGUUUAGGUAAUGUUUGGUAGAACUUAAUGUAAUGCAAUAUAAUUAAUUAUGUAAUGAAUCAAAGUUUUAAUGUAAUGCAAUGUAAUUUAAUUGUUAUUAUAUUUCUA